AUGGCUCCGCCGCCCCUCUCUCCCUCCCCUUCCGGAUCGACUGAGCGACUAGCCGAAGAGCUGGCACCCACUCUGGACCAGCUCAAGUCCCUUACGACGGCCAAUCCAAUCACGUUCUCGCAGGCACUGACGGCCACCGAACCCCUCCUGCGCCUCCGCCAUACCUUCAUCGAUGAUGCCCGACCGCGAACUGCCAAAGAUACAUUCCGGCAACUGUUGGGGUUUCAGACCCUGCUCAGCUUGACCGAGCAGCUCGCCGAGCUGUAUGACGCCAAUGCUCUUUCUAAGGACGAGAGGAAAGAUUUGCUGGCCAUUCAAAAAGAUGUCCUGGGAGUGUUGGCCGAAGCAUUGAAGGAUCAUUUCGGCAACAGACGAUAUUUUGCUCGCAAGAUCGUUAGAGGGGGAACGGCCGCUAUAGAGCGGAGUUUGGAUGUGCUCGUCGGGAAAAUAGACCAGAACGAAAAUGACGCACAGCACCUAUAUGGAGCGGUUCUGGCCGCCGCGCUGUGCCAGGAGAGUGUUUCGGGUAUUUUUGUAACAUUGAGUGCGAAAUCCCCGAGUGAGAGCCUUCGGUCUCCAGCGCAGCUGCGGCGUGCCGUGGACCAAUGCAUGGGAUCUGCCGAAACUGUGGAAGUGGCAGAGCUUCUAGGGCCAUUACUUCGUGUUUGGCUGAAGCAAUCGGUUUCUCCAGGAAAUGAUACUCUUCGUCUUGCCAUCCCCGCAUGCCUUUGCCAAUUGGCGUCGCAAUCGUUGAGGAACGUUGUAGCUUUACAUGCAACGGGCAUGUUGACUUCCAUUUUACCACUUCUGUUCGACAACGGCCGGCCCGACAAUGAGACAGAACUCUACCAGGAUUUGGCUCGGCUUCUCAGCGCCCAAGGAAUGAACAACUUGGAAGAUGCCGUUACUCUGUACCGUCGAGCACACGAAAACCCUCGAGUCUUGAAGUUCCUGGUAUCCGCCCUCAAAGCUUCCAAGGAGCCGCCUUCGAUACAGUUUGACAUGUCUCUGCAUGGAUAUUCCUCUGUGGAGUUUGCGACCUUGGGACGCCCAUUUCCCCCAAGCUCAUCAGCUGGCUAUACUUUGGCGGCCUGGGUUCGAUUUGAUGAAUUCGAUCUCAAUACCCAUACUACAAUCUUUGGCGCAUUCGAUGCUAGUCAAACCUGCUUCCUGCUUGCUUACCUGGAGAAAGACACUCGCAAUUUUAUCCUUCAAACGUCCAUCCGCGGUCCUCGCCCCAGUGUUCGGUUCAAGUCUGUCAGGUUUAAGCCUGGUCGCUGGUACCAUAUUUGCAUGGUCCACAAACGGCCAAAGCCAACCUCAUCAUCGCGAGCAUUUCUGUUCGUCGAUGGCGAAUUUGUGGAACAAUUAAAAAUUGACUAUCCUUCCGCUCCCACAAGUAAUCAUCUCAGCAGGCCACCCCACAUCCAAGCAUUUUUUGGCACCCCCCAAGACUUGGCAAUGCGUCUUGGCAAGGGAGUUUCCACUUCAAGGUGGUCCUUGGCCAACGGAAUUCUCCUCGAUGAGGCCUUCAGUGACGAUAUGAUAGCCGUUUUUUACAACCUGGGACCCCGCUACUAUGGAAACUUCCAGGAUUGCCUUGGCUCCUUUCAGACCUACAAGGCCUCUGCGACCCUGAAUCUACGUAAUGAGCACCUUCAUCCCGGGAAGGAGGAAUCUUCUGAUAUCGUCACUGCCAUCAGGAGACGAGCGAGCACUCUGAUCCACGAGAGUUCAUUUUUGAUUAAUGUUUCUCCUGUUGCUGUACUCGAUGACGAUGAUAGCAACAAUGUUGACGAGUCGCAGCUCAUGAAAUGCCUGUCAAAACAGGCAGCAAAGAGCUUGCACCAGCUAACCAAAGCGGGCGGCAAUGCCGUUGCAAUCAAUGGAGCGACUCCUGCAAUUAACGAUGGCUUAACUCAGCCACAGGGGGUUGGAAUUCUGACCGGUGAUCCGGUGGUAUCAGUACCAUGGUCAUUAGAUGAUGCCAGUUGGUGUCUCGGUGGCUGUGCUUCCGUACAUUUGAGUUUGAUAAAAUCUUCUAGCUCCCCCAAAACGCUUCUCUUGGCUGUGCAGGCUCUUUUUGGAGCCAUUCAAGACAACUGGAGAAAUAGUGAAGCAAUGGAAAGGGAAAACGGCUAUGGCAUUCUUGCAGCCCUCCUGCGGGAAAAGCUAGGCUUUCAGCUCGGUAACCUCUCAUUUGGUAAAUCUGUGGUGACCAACUCCACGCUUGAAGAGCAAAAUUCCCUGAUCUUUGAUCUUCUCCGCUUGACACUCGAGUUUGUUGGAUACGAUCCUGAGCACCCAGGUCAUUCUAUAAUCACCAAUCCCCUCGCUUAUCGGGUCUUGCUGGUUGACAUGGACAUUUGGCGACAUGGUGGACCAACUGUGCUUGAACUGUAUUAUACUCAAUUCCGAGCUUUUGCCACAGACAGCACCUAUCACCGCUUCAAUGCAAAGCGACUCGGUCGCAUGCGUGUCAGCAAAAAGUUAAUCGAGACAAUGAAGGGCGGUGAACUUACUUCAGAGACGCUAAACCCUUGUCUCUCUGCGUUUGAGUCUUUGAUGAAGAGCAGCAUGUCUCCCGAUCUGCUACGGUCCUUCGCUUUGUCUAUCACGUAUACACUUCAUGUGCCAAAAUCCACUGCUGGCCUGCAGAAAAAGAAAAGUCUUCGAUUUGCAGCAGCUCCCUCGCGACCCAGUUCUGCGAAAUCUGAUUCCGAAAGGUACAUAUCGGCCACGGCACAAGGAACUGAAAUGCUGCGGGUCUAUACCGCCGUGUUGUGCAAUCCGCUAGAUUCCACACCACUGAGGAAAUUCGCCAAAGCAGUCACCAAUAAGUGGCUUCUUUACCUAGCAUGCGAGGAUGAACCAGAAGUAGUAGUCCUCGCCACCAAAGUACUAGCUCGGUUGUUAGUUAUUCAUGGCAGUGGGUACAGUAAGAAGUUCUCUGAUAAGAAUGGGGGAUACAAGAUCCUAGAGUGCCACCUGAAAAGAUGGUGGAGCAUUCCUGUGCUGUGGACUAUUUGCUUUGCCAUUCUAUUCGGGCGAGACGUUGCUCUGCUGGACCUAGACAGACCAUUUGAAAGCGCUGGUCUUCUGAAGCUCUUCCUCAGCGAUGGAGAUCUUCGCAUUGUUAACCCUGAGAUGCUCCCGGUUAUUUCUGAAAUGCUGAAGAGCGGAUUGAGGAGUAUUGUUGAAACAACUCCGCCCCAUGUGCAAGACCGGACAGAGGUUCCAGAUUUAGACAUGAAAAGUUUCAGAAUGUCGUCAGUCAAAGUCAAUGAGCUUCCAUUGGAAGAUCGAGAUUCGCAGCUCAACCAUCUUUUGUCCUCGGUGGUUGGAUUUCUACAUGAGGCGAGCAGGAUAUCACGAAACUUUCAAGAUUUCACCUUUCAGUCCACCUAUGUGCAAGAGCUCUUGGCUGCUUUGUAUCCGGUCAUCGUUGGCUCAGACUCAACAAGUCCUAGUACAGAGCUGAACACCCGAUAUGGCGGACUUUCUUUUGAUGACAGUAAUCUGGUGUUGCGGCCACGUUCGAGUGCUGCCAAUACGUCGCAUGCCUUGAAGACUACAACUGUCGAUUUUCCCGUUAGUCCUGGCGACAGCACCGAGUUUGUUCGUCGUGGCUCCUUCAUUCUCGUUUCUUCCGAUAAAUCCACACACCAGCCAUCCUCUGCGCGCAUUCGGCAUGUUACUCUUCCUACCCUUUCGAAUGAUAGAUCUGUGUCAGAUCACCCCCUUGUCAAGGCUGUCUUUGGAUUGGCUCUUGCCGUCUUUGAGGAUCAGCUAUUGGAACGCAAGGACUUUACAGGCCUGGGGCUAUAUCACAAAACCCCUCCUGGCUUUCUGGAGCAUCAUGCAUACUUCAAUUCCUGGAUCUUCAAUCAGCUUUUGUCAACCCUGCGGACAUUGCCCAACUCCAAGCCUCAUCUUCUUCACGAACCUCGUACACUCACUAAUAUUUCCCGGUUCGCAACACAUCUAGCAGAGGCAGUUUAUGAAGGAUGGUUUAUUGAUGGCGCUUCUACCACCUUAGAAAGUCUCGGCUCCAUUUUGGAAUAUAUUCAGCGACCGGACAUUUCCAGUCUGAAAAGCAUCCGGCUUUGUAAUCAGGCAGUGGCAACAACUCACUCUACUUUGUACCGAGUUGUCUUGUUUCAAUUGUCGGAAGCCGAUGACAGCGAGACUUUGGCUGUUUUGAAGCGUCUCAACUACUGGCAGGUAGUGCUUCUCGGUGCAGCAGAGGCCGAGUCGAAACAUCUUCAGCUCCUUUGCUACCUUCUUUACACAAAGUUACUCAGCACGGAUGAAGAGAUUCGUCUGGCUGCUGCUAGCCUUUGGAGGAUUAUUCUUGUGCAAAAGCCCGAGGAAAUGAACAACAUCAUUGCUCAUGGGCCUCAUACCCUGCAACGUCGACUAUCAGAUGGUUUCGAAGCUCUUGCAGGCCUGGAAGAUGAAGCAUUCUUACAUUGGAUCGAUGAUCAGCGUGACGACCUCGACUGUUUGUUCUUGGGUAUCCUAGCCCGAACAUGGGAAGCAUUCGUCCAGGAUGAGAAUGCAAAGAGCGAGGAUUCAGCGAAGAACCGCAUUGCAAAACGCAAGGAGAAACUCAAACAAUGGGUUCAAUUGGAGAAAUUUGAUCAAGAUGUGAUUCGCAAGCAUGAUGCCACCUUGCCACAUUGGAUCUCGAACAUCUCCGCGUCUGAGACCCUCAAGUCCCAGAGAUGUAUGCAAGAUCUUCAGGACAACUCGUCCUUCAUGUGGUCAGCUUUCUCUAAUCUCUUGUUGGAUCUUCGACGACCGGGUGGUCUUCUCUCUGAGGAAAAGCAAAGAAAGUACAGACUGGAUCAGACGGAAGGCCGCAGUCGCAUGCGCUUACGCGUUGUACCAGAUGAUUCAGGGGAACGCCAAAACUAUCAGCCCAAGCGCAAGGCUUCCGAGCCUCCAGUGAUGAAAAUUGACACUCGAAUGCGUGCACUGUCUGAGGGUGAGGCGUUAGGGACGUCAAUGGGCUUCACAGCGGAAUCCGAGACUGUUGAUCCUGAGGCACUAGAUGGUGACCCUGAAGACCGCAGCUUAUUGGAAGAGAACUUUGAAAUGAUUGAAGAUCCCAAGGUUGAACUUGAGGACUAUGAGGAUAAAAAUCGCAGAGUGAUGCGAUCGCUCCAACGAGGCGACCAGGUACAGAAUGUCUGUAACCAGUCACGGAUCAUUGGCCUCGAGGCCGUUGAAGGCCUUCUGAUCAUCGGAAAAGACUGCAUCUACAUCCUCGACAACUUCUUCCAGCGGGCUGAUGGAGAGAUCGUCAAUGUUUGGCAAGCACCCUCCGAGGAGCGAGACCCCUACGUGCGAAUGAUUGCCGGGCGAGAAUCCAACGACCGCCGAUCCCAGGAGCAUGAAACAAGAAGCUGGAAAUGGUCUGACUUGGUCAGUGUUUCCAAACGGCGCUUCCUCUUCCGGGAUGUUGCUCUUGAGGUUUUCUUUACCGAUGGUACCAGCUAUCUGUUGACAUUCCUUUCUGCGCGUGUCCGAGAUGAACUGUGCACCCAACUUGGCAACAAGGCUCCCCAGGUCACUGGAAGUGUGGGGCACUCUCGACAAGAAGAUAUUUGGCGAUUCGAAACUUUGCGCAGCCAAGACGAUGCACCGCAGUCCCUUGGGUCCAAAUUUGCCAGUGUCUUUGGUCAUCUCCCAUCAAGCCCAGCGACCCGGAAAUGGGUCCGUGGUGAAAUCUCCAACUUCCAUUAUCUCAUGCUGAUCAACACGCUUGCUGGACGGACCUUCAACGAUUUGACUCAGUACCCUGUCUUCCCUUGGGUUCUUGCCGAUUAUACAAGCGAGGAGCUGGAUCUCACCAACCCAAAGACUUUCCGCGAUUUGUCUAAGCCCAUGGGCUGCCAAACACCAGAUCGUGAGGCUGGCUUCCGUGAGCGGUACAAUGCCUUUGCAGAGAUGGGCGACGACAACUCCCCACCAUUCCAUUACGGGACUCACUACUCCUCUGCCAUGAUUGUCUGCUCAUACCUCAUUCGUCUUCAGCCGUUCGUGAAGUCAUAUCUGCUCCUACAAGGUGGCACCUUUGAUCAUGCAGAUCGGCUUUUUUACUCCAUCCGUAAAGCAUGGGAGUCCGCAUCACGGGGCAACAUGACUGAUGUCAGAGAACUGACACCUGAAUUUUUUUAUCUUCCUGAGUUCCUGAUCAACUCCAACAAAUAUGAUUUCGGGCUGUUACAGAACCAGACAACAGCCAUCGACUCUGUUGAGCUUCCACCCUGGGCCAAGGGCGAUCCCAAGAUCUUCAUCCAAAAGCACCGCGAGGCCCUGGAGAGCCCGUAUGUGUCUGAAAAUCUUCACCAUUGGAUAGAUCUCGUGUUCGGCAGCAAACAGAAAGGGGAGGCCGCCGUGGAGUCCAUCAAUGUCUUUCACCAUCUUUCCUACCGAGGUGCAAAGGACCUGGACACCAUUGACGAUCCGAUGGAACGAUUAGCAACAAUUGGUAUCAUUCACAACUUUGGUCAGACGCCCCAUCAAAUCUUCCAACGAACCCAUCCCCAGAGAGAAGAUGAUCGACAUCGUAUUCCACGGCUCGAUACCCUUGCAGAAUCAUUAACCCAGAUGCCACUUUCGCUUCUUGAUAUUGAAGAACGAGUGAGUACUCUGUCGAUGAAGCAGGAUCGUCUGUUAUGCACUGCUGCACUACGACUCAAUGUCCCACCAACAUAUGACCAGUACAUGGAAUGGGGCUUCUUCGAUGGAAGUGUGCGCUUCUAUUCCACCGACAGUCGCAAGAUACUCGGGCAUUUUGAGCACCUCCAUGUCGGUCAACUCUCAUAUGCUAGCUUCGCGGACUCGCGCACGCUCAUCACCUGUGGAACGGACUGUACGAUUUCCUUAUGGACAGUGACUUCGACCUCUCGCUCGAUCGACCUACAACCCAUAGGGUCUCUGUUUGGUCAUCGUGCUCCAGUCACUGUUCUUGCAGUUUCUCGUUCAUUCAGCGCCAUGUUGUCAGCCUCCACUGACGGUCAAAUCAUGCUAUGGGAUCUGAAUCGACGAUGCUUCGUGCGAGCUCUUCCAGCCGAUGGCACUGUCGAUUGCGCUCGAAUCAACGACGUGACUGGAGAUAUCAUCGUAUGCCGUGGCAAUCGCAUCACCAUGUACACGCUGAAUGGAGAUGUGCUGGUUGACCAGCCCGUUUGUGAAUCCACCGAGGAUCACGUUCUCUCCUGUGUCUUCUACGAGGGUGUUCAAAAUGAAUGGCUCGAGCGUGAGCUCGUGUUAACGGGCCAUAGUCGAGGAGUCGUCAAUAUCUGGGCCAAGAACAUUCGGGAUGGAUUGUUCGAACUGGAGCUUAUCCGACAGCUGCACCAUACGGACAGCAAUAGAGAUAAUGGUGCGAAUAUCUCCGUCGGCAUCAGUUGUAUUCUGGCUCUUCCCCAGGUUGUCUAUACGGGGGAUGAGGCAGGACGGGUGUAUGAGUGGAACUGCAUCCAGCGGCGCUGA